AUGACGGAACAAAAAGCUGCUGCGAAUUAUAUGCCCCAAACAGAAGACGAAGAACAAAGCUUAAGCGAAUAUGACGCAUCACUGACACCGCAUCAAAAGCCCUAUUUAUUCGAUUGUCAUAGUCAGUGGUGGACAAUUAACCAGAAUCUUCUGGGAGUUUCUGAGAAAUCGCCAAUCGUGGAAAGUUCCAAAUUUUGGACCUUCGCUACGUGGAUUUUCAAAUCCUUCAGCACGCAGAACCAGCAGCAAGGGAAGCAGAAGGAUGGUCCUCAAAGGUACAACCUGCAUGUGACGGGUUGGAAAAUUGAGUCGGAAAGGAGACGGAGAAAAACGAAACCGGGACCUAUAGACCUCCUUCUGGGUGCCGACGUCUUUUCUAAAAUUCUGUUGGACGGACGCAUCCCUGGAUCUAAAGACCAGCCCGACGCAAUUAAUACAAUCUUCGGCUAUGUCCUUAUGGGGAAAAUAAAUCAUUUCAAAGCGCCUGCACUCGCUACGUUGUUUUGUUAUCUUGAGGACACGGUUUCCCUUGAUCAACAAUCGGACAAAUUCUGGGAAUUAGAGACAGUUCCUGAUGCACCUCGUCUAUCUCCCGAUGACAUUAAGGUGGAACAAACAUUUGUCAGCACACACCGGCGAGACCAGCCGUCUGGUCGGUUCAUCGUCGACUUACCUUUUAAGGAAGAAGCCCCUAUCUUCCCAAAUAUCCGAUCUCUGGCUUUACAGAGGUUUUAUUCCCUUGAGCGGAGACUUCAGAAGCCUGAGAUUUACUCGCAAAAUUGCGAUUUCAUGAACGAAUUUAUUGCGCUUAACCACAUGGAAUCUAUUCCAGACAAUUCGUUCAGUUCCCCUCACUGUUAUUAUCUAUCCCACCAUUGUGUUUUAAGGCCGGAAAGUUUAACCAGUAAACUAAGGGUGGUUUUUAACGGUUCCGCACACCUUCCCAACCAGCCUUACCUCAAUGAUAAACUAUUCACCGGUCCAAAACUCCAGAGUGAUAUAUCUACAAUAUUAUUAAAUUUUCGUUUAUUCAGUUAUAUUCUGACCGCCGACAUUUCCAAAAUGUAUGGUCAAAUUUUGGUUAAUCCGCUUCAUACGGACUACCAACGAGUUCUUUGGCGCAACACGCCUAACGAGCCUGUAAAGGACUUUCGAAUAAACCGAGUCGUGUACGGUCUUUCUUGUUCGCCUUACCUCGCAAUACGAUGUCUGCACCAAUUGGCGGUCGAGGAAGGGCAUAAAUAUCCCCUAGCUGCCAAAGCCCAUAAAAGGAACACCUACGUUGACGAUAUUGUCGUCUCUUGUUGUUCGAUCCAAACCGCUUUAGCUUUGCGCGAUGAACUCAUCGCAUUAUUAAACACGGGCGGUUUCGAGUUAAAGAAAUGGUCCGGUAACAGUCCCGCCGUAUUGGAGGGAAUUCUGACAUCCGAUCUGGCGAUUAACCCCCUUGAAUUUGUAAGCAAACUGUCUUCCCCGACUCUAAGGGUUUUAGGAUUAGAAUGGGAUGCUCCAUCCGAUACCUUCCGAUUUAAAGUGAAGGCUUCUGAUUCCGGUUGCACAAAGCGACUCCUUUUGUGCAACUUAGCACGGAUAUUCGACCCCUUAGGUUUUCUAUCUCCCGUCACUCUCCUCAUUAAGCAUAUCAUUCAAAAAAUUUGGUCUCAAAAAAUCGGUUGGGACGACAAACCCUCUAACGAUGUGGUUCGUUGGUGGGAGAAGUACCUAUCCGAAAUUUCUGUCCUUGGAAAUCUAAAUAUUGCGAGACGCCUAUUACCUAAUGAGAUGUCCAAACUGGAAAUUCACUGCUUUGGCGACGCUAGCGAAAUAGGUUACUGCGCUGUGUUAUACUUAAGAUGUUUAACGUCGUCAGCCUCACCCGUCCUUCAUUUCGUAACGGCAAAAUCUAAAGUCGCCCCUGUCAAGAAAAUAGUAUCAAUUCCGCGUCUGGAAUUAUGGGCAGCCGUGUUAGCGGCUCGCUUGGUGUCAUUUGUAGCCACGGCUAUUAAGUCAUCCGAUAUCGAAGUUACGGAUAUUUUCUGUUACUCUGAUUCCACGGUUACUCUGGGUUGGUUGAGAUCCUCUCCGCACCGUUGGAAGACUUUCGUCAGUAACAGGGUGUCUUUUGUUCAGGAAAGAGUUAAUCCUUCCAGUUGGCAUUAUGUCUCAUCUAGAGAGAACCCCGCUGACCUUGGAUCCCGUGGUUGUUUACCUUCCGAGUUAGUGAACAGUUCUCUAUGGUGGGCGGGGCCAUCCUUUUUGCAUUGCAAUCCCAUUAUUUUAGAACGUGACCCCACCGACGUCCACGACCACGAAUUAGAGGCUCGCACCUUAAACCUCCAUACCACCCAAGCUUCCACAAAUUUUCUAGGCACCAUGCUCGAGAACUCUUCAUCCUUAAACAAAUGUGUUCGGUCGCUGAGUUAUUUGGUACGUUACGUGCAUUACUUGCGUAAAUCGAAUAAAUUGGAAACCGGUUUUCUGACAUCCUCCGAGACUUACAAUUCUCUGUUAAUUUUCGUAAGACGCUCGCAAGACCUAUUUUUUAGUCACGAACUCCGUCUUCUUAAGGAUGGUAAACCUCUUGCUAAAAAUUUCAGGAAACUAUUUCCAUUUCUUGACGAUGCUGGAACUUUGAGAGUGGGUGGACGAUUAAGCCAAGCAACCAUUUCCUACGAACGUAAAUUUCCUGCGUUACUUCCUAGCCAGUGCCGAUUAACUGAGAUGAUUAUCGAGUCGACUCAUGUACAGUAUUUACACGCCGGCAUCCAAACUGUCCAAUAUCUAAUUUCCCUGCGUUUCUGGAUUCUUUCUCCAAAACGAGCAAUCCGAAGGGUUUUGUCCAAAUGCGUCAAAUGCUUUCGAGUAAACCCCACGUCGCCUGUUCCUUUAAUGGGAAACUUACCCAUAGCGCGCAUUUCCGAACUUAAGCCCUUCAGCAUCGUCGGUGUCGAUUUCGCAGGACCUUUCCCAAUUGUAAUGUCCAGGAUUCGAAAGGCACCGAUCCUUAAAGCAUACCUAGCACUCUUUAUUUGUUUCUCCACCAAGGCUGUUCACCUGGAGCUAGUGUCGGAUCUGUCCACGAGCGCAUUCUUAGCUGCCUUCAAACGAUUUGUCAGCCGCCGCGGCAGAUGCGAUAACAUUCAUAGCGACAACGGCACAAACUUUUCUGGGGCAAGUAAAGAAUUAAACAGGCUGGCUGAAACCGCCGCCAAUCACCACUACAUUAAGUGGCACUUUAUUCCCUCCUCAUCUCCACACUUUGGAGGACUAUGGGAGUCCAACAUCAAAACGGUUAAGUGUCACAUAGUCCGUACGAUUGGGGAGCAGGUAUUAACUUUUGAGAAACUCUACACUUUAUUCACCCAAGUCGAAGCGAUAAUGAAUUCGCGUCCGUUAUGCCCUCUAAGUGAGGAUCCGAACGACUUGAAUGUUUUAACGCCCGGGCACUUCCUCACAAUGGAGCCUUUGAACGCCCCUCCCGAGGACCUCGUGCAACACGUCUCGAACAAUCGCCUUUCUCCGAAGUCCAUCCCGGACCUGAUGGUGUCGUCCGAGUGGCUACCGUCCGGACAAGCACUGGCGUUUUCAAACGCCCCGUGA